AUGUUCCAGAGCUCCAUCUCCGCACCACCCGCGCUGAACCUGGUGAAGGAAGAGAAAGACAUCAUCAAGAUAGAUGAGAACGACAAGCAUAAAGCUCUAGUUAACAAGCCUCAGGAGCAAGAUGAAAUGGGGUAUCCGUCAGGAAGUAAACCCAUCUUCAUCGUUCUUGCUCUUGUUUUCGCCAGUUCCCUAGCCUCUCUUGACAUGACAAUUGUAGUGACCGCAAUUCCUAAAGUAACAGAUGAAUUCCGCAGCCUUGCUAACUUCCCCUGGGGUAAAGCAUAUAAAUACUUCCCUUUGAAAACCACACUCCGAGCCUCUAUCUUCGUCUUCGAGCUUGGCUCUCCCAUUUGCGGCGUCGCCCUUAAUCCAAAUUCCUCGUCUGUAACGGGCGCCUACACUAUCAUCGCUUUUGCCGCCGAGCCCAAGGAACAGCCUAUGUUCACCGGCUUUGAUGGAAUGUCUUAUGGUAUCGCUGCUGUUCUGGGGCCGCUGAUUGGAGGUGUGUUUGCAGAUAAAGUAUGCUGGUGUUGGUGCUUUUACAUCAAUCUGUCGGUCAGCCAACCCAAAGCUUGGAACAGCAGCCAGGUCAUCGGCCUACUGGCUGGUUUCAUGUCCAUAUUAAUCUCAUUUUGCAUCUGGGAGGCCUUCCAAGGCGAGUGCGCCAUGAUCGUCCCACGGGUUUGCAAACAUCGUUUGAUCAAUACAAGUUGUGUCGACACAUGCUUCUUCUCUGAAUCCUACUUCCUCGUCAUAUACUACCUCCCCAUCUACUUCCAAUCCGUCAGCAGCGCUAGCCCCACGAUUUCAGGGGUAUAUAGCCUCCCACUCACCAUCACUGUCACCCUCCCGAUUAUUGUCCGUCAGGGGAGUGCGGACGCUAAUGACGUCUCGUUUGUAACUGCGAUGAUAUUAUUCGCACAAUCCGCCUUCGUGAACAAGCUCCUUUCAACACUCCCCAUGACCACUCCGGACGUCGAUCCUACUGCUGUAGUAGUAACAUGUGCCACGCAGAUCCUGGUGUAUAUGGUGGUAUAUAUGGUGGGCCUCAAGGUGGCGUUGGCGAUAGCUGUGGCUAUUACGGGAAUUGCAUUUUUCGUAAGUCUGUUUGGGAGAUGGAAGAGGUUGAGUAUAGAGGCGGUUGAGGCCACGAGUGGAUGUGCUUGGGAAAGGAGGAUUUCUAAAUAG